AUGCCCAAUUGCCCGCGCUGCUCGAAGCCGGUUUAUUUUGCCGAACGCGUGACGUCUCUCGGUCAAGAUUGGCAUCGACCAUGUCUUCGUUGUGAAAACGAUAACUGCAAGAAGACUCUCUCCGCUGGAUCACACUCUGAGCAUGAAGGACGACCAUAUUGCAACCGCUGCUAUGGCGCUCUUUUUGGUCCUCGUGGUUAUGGACAUGGAGGAGUUGAGUCCCACACUUUUUUUUGGGCGGCACGACUGGAACUGCUGAUGAUCAUGGACCCUUUCGUGGACCGGCCGGCACCGUCUAGGUUUACCGGCCAAGAAAAGUUUGAGGCCGAGCAAAAUCGCCGAUACAAAAUCGACACAACACAUGUUAUUCAUUACACU